CCUUUGGAUACUUGUAUGGUGCAAUGGCAAUGGCAGAAGAAGCAAUGGAACAACUUUACAACAAUAACCCAACUAGGUUCCAGAGGUUAUGGGACACUUUUAAUUCAAGAAAAGGUCGACUUAUCCACCCAAUGCACGCUGCUGCAGCUUUUUUGAAUCCCGCAUUCAUGUGUAGUGAAACUUUUAAAUACAGCUCCAGAAUCAAUGAUGGUAUGGACUUCGUGUUGAAGAAUUUGGUAGCUGAUGAAGAAGAAGAUGCUUUUCUUGAUCAAAUGGAUCAGUAUCAUAUGAAAGCAUCGGAAGUGUUCACAUAUACAGCAAUGAAAAGGCUGAAAACAUCUCACCCUUGUAAAUGGUGGGAUUAUUGCGGUUAUCAUCUUCCCAUACUGAAAAAAUAUGCUAUCCGAAUUCUAAGCCAACCUUGCAGUAGUUCAUCCUGCAAAAGGAGUCUAAGUGCAUCCGAAGCUGCCCAGAUUAAGCAAUGAAGGGGAUCGACACCAGCAGGGCUGGAAAAUUGUCUACAUUUAAGGAUGAAUGCGAAGUUGAUGGCAAAAUCAAAUAAAAUGAAAACACUUGACAGGACGCCAAUUGAUCUGAAAGAACUUGGUAAGCUUAAGUUGAUCAGUGAGAACUCUGCUGAUGGAUUACCAAAUCACCCGAAGAUCCUAUGCCUUAACGAACAACAAAACAGCAGGUCUUCAUUCACAAGGAAUCAGUUAGUAGAACCGAAUUAUCUACAGUUGCAUUUCGUAACAAUGGUUUCCUCUCCCCUGGUAACUGGUCAAAAGGUUGAAGGUGAAGGAGGAUCUCCUAUCCAUGUCUUUCUGGUAGACCCUCAAACUGGUUUUCUUGUGCAAGAUGGUGCAUUGUCAAGGCUAGAAUUGAUUGUUUCUGUGCUGGAAGGUGACUUUAAUGAAGAAGGUGAAACAGAUUGGGCACAAGAGUACUUCCAGGGUAAUGAAAUAACCUCGAUUUCACUCGUGGCUGGAAAUCUCGGUGUGGUCCUUAAUGCAGGGAUGGGAACUCUUGGGGAUAUCACCUUUAAUGAAGAAUCUAGCAUGGCAAGAAACGGGACAUUUAGACUUGGAGUCAAAACUAGUGGAGAUUGUUGUGAAGGAUUCCGCAUUCGUGAGGGCAUAUCCAAUGCUUUUGUUGUGAAGCGUAUUGAGGCUACAAGGUGGACCGACCCAGCUGCUCAUGAUAUGCCUCUUCCUGACGAUUGGCAUUCUCCGGGCAACUUGCAAGAAUUAUCGAGUUUUCCUACAACGGGAAAUUAUAAUGAGAUAGACGAUAACUGGCUACUCUGGUCUUUUGACGAAUCUGGGACUGUAGACUGGCAUCACCAGCAGGAGUACUGCUUCAAAUCCAAGCAGGCAGCGACAAGAUGGUUUAAGCUGAAAGCCGUCUUACAGUGGGCAAUUCUAAGGAGAAUAAUUAUGAGGAAGAGGGCUCGAAGAAUGGUUGUGAAGAGCAGAGUUGAGAAGCGAUUAGUCAGCACUGCAGGUCAGAAUUGGAAUGUCAAAGAACACAAGCCUGCUCCUGUAACCAGCCCCACACAGAUGUGUUUUACGUGCAAUCAUGAACAUGAAGACAAUGAGAAAGAUGGAAAACUGAAGCCUAUCAAUUCAUGUGACCGGAACACUGUCCCAUCAAAGCUGGAUACAUCAGGAAUGGGUCAAUCUUUAACUCUCUUCCCAACAUUAGCCACUGGAGAUGGUAUCAAGCUAAAGGACGGGGCAGAGGAGGUUCUCAAUAUGGCCCCUAAAGUGAGCCCAAUAGAAGCUACGAAUCAGAAGGGCAAGGAAGUGCUACUAGAAAGGUCUGGAUCAUUCAGAUCAACCGUCACAGAUGCUGGAGGCUCCAUUCCUGGAAAGCCUGACAGCAACUAUGUCAGCCACUCAUUGACGCUUUUCCCAUCAUUAUUGAAGGAUAUGGAGCCCAAUAAAGCCGAUGUUCUUGAGCCAAUUCCUACAAACUCAGGCAGCUACAUUGAACUUACUAAAUUAGCCCCCAUGGCGGCACUUGGUUCUGGACAGCAGGGAUACAGCGGCAAAACGAGACAGGCGAAAAAGAGAUGGCGCAAGCUGAAGUCUGUUUCGCAGUUGGUCUUCUUAUGGAAGGUCGUUGCACCAAGGAGUUUUAAGGAGCAGUACGAAGCCACGAGGAUGGAUCAUCUUGCUUAUGAGGCUUGUCCUGAGAAAGAUUCAUCUCCUUCACAUACCCUUAUUCGGAUGCAAAGUCCGUUGGAGCAGUUUGCUCAUAGUUUGACACGAGUGAAAAGGGAGAAUGACAGUUCUAAAACUGCGGACAGACAGGAAGACAAGCAUCACGACAAGUCGCAGCAGGCAGCGAAAAGAUGGCGUGUGCUCAGAGCUCUUUUGUGGUUUACUCUGCAGCGAAGGGCGAGUAAGCAAUCCCAAGCUUUCUUGGGAGGAACCAAAACCCAAAACCAAGCUGAGAUCGAUGACAGAAAAAUGGAUUCUGACAGCGCCUCGACCCCUUUGUUCAGCUGCGGCCCGGAUUUGGCAGGCCUAGCGGUAUCUUCCAAUCUCCUUCAUUACUCAUGGGAUGCGAUCUCUGAACUCCGGACUAAUCCAAGCAGGCAUGUCGGCUCCUCUUCAGUGUCCGUUGAGUACAGAGAAUCUCAGGUGAGAAACUACAGGAUCAUAGCCUUCAUCGUGUCGCCGGUCAUGGAGAAGUACCUCCAGGAAGGAAGCAAUUUGGUUCCGUCAUCAGAUAUUCCUGACUUCAGCUUCCUCUGCUCCAAGAGCAAUCCGGAGUUCUCCAUUAAUAGAGCUGCAAAGGCCCUCUUUGACUCUGUUCGGGGCGAGCUCUCUUCCCUUAAAGAUCGGGUCAUGGAAGUUGCAAAGUCAACACCGUACAUCGUCACUGGACACUCUUUGGGAGGUUCAAUCGCGUCCCUGUUCAUGCUUUGGCUGCUCAAUGCACUCAAACCUACCACGACCAGAAGGCCCCUCUGCAUAACCUUUGGUGCUCCUCUACUCGGUGAUUCCCGGUUUCAACAAGCCAUAUACCAUUACUCGACCUGGAAUUCUUGUUUCUUGCAUACGGUUCACAGGGAUGAUCCCUUUCCCAGUAUUUUCCUUGCAAUGGAUUACCGACCUUUUGGGACUUUUCUCUUUCUAUCCGGGUCCGGCAAGGCUUGCUUCGAAGCCCCUGAUUCGAUCUUGGAGUUGCUCAAGAGGAUGAAAUCUGAAACAGGCGGGAAUCAAGAGCUGCAGGAUAUUGAUUAUGGUCUAACUAUUCAAUCCCUCCGAAGUAAUGUUGUCUGCAAAGAUGUGACGGAGUUGAGCCGGAGAGAAAUCGAAUCCUACAAGGCCGGGAUUAUUGCACAACUCACGUCGAUUGGGUUGUUGCAAAAUGAGGACGAGGCCAGUAACAGUUGGGUGGAUAAGAAGAUAGUGAAGCCGGAAAAGGCAGCGAUAACCCAAAAGAGGGAAAUGUUCGACCCGGCAAGGAAGCUCAAUGAUGUAAAGGUAAACAUGGCCCAGUUAGAGUGGUACAAGAAGACGAACGAGAAUGAUGGGUAUGCUUACUACGACAGUUACAAGAUCAAGCGGCUCAUGUGGGACCACAAGGUCGUGGAGUUCAAGAGGAUCCUUACAGAUUACUGGGAAAAAUUGGUCGAGGAGGUAGAGAAGAAGCCCCAGAUGGAGGAGGUCUACUUGAGGAAAAGGUGGCUCUAUGGUGGGACCAACUUCCGGAGAAUGGUUGAGCCGCUCGAUAUAGCUGACUAUUACAAAGUGAAGGGGAGGAGAGAUUACUGGAACAGAGGAAGAUUGAACUGCUAUAAGAAGUUGGAGAAGUGGCUCAAGGAGGCUAAGAAGCCCGAUACCAGCCUCAACACCAGGAAGCAGAACAUUAAAUUGAGCAUGACGGAGGAUUCCUGCUUCUGGGCCCAUGUUGAGGAGGCGACGAUUGCCUGCGAAGCGUAUAACAAUGGGGAUGAGGGAAAUUUCGAGAGGUUGGUGGAGUUUGAAACUUACGUGUUUGGGUUAAUCGAGAGGUACGCAGUUUCCCCAGAGAUAUUCCUACCAGAUAGCACUUACAUGAAGUGGUGGAAGAAGUAUGAGGGCAUCCUAACGAGAAGAUCGGCUAGACAGCCGGGGUUGCACAAUUCAAAGCUAGUCCCAUUCAUGAAGAACAGUCGGUACCAGGAGUACAAGGUGGGGAAGUAUGAUCCUUCCGAAGACGAUGAAUGAGCGAUUUACGACUGGAUAUAAAUAUAAGAGUCGAGUCCAAGAAACCUUCAAAUAAUUUAUUAGUUGUAUCAAUCUCAAUCUCACUGUAUUAUUUCAAUGCCUUUAAGCAAAGUGAAUAUCGAACUGUACGUUUCUUUCUGUCCUUACCGUGUAACUUCUCGAUAUCAGUAUCCUCGUUUUACAACCAUAA